AUUCCAUUGUGAUUGGAUUUUGGGUUGGUCUUGCGGUUUUUGUCAUCUUCAUGUUUUUUGUCCUGACCCUGCUGACGAAGACAGGAGCACCACAUCAAGACAAUGCAGAACCUUCUGAAAAAAGAUUUCGCAUGAAUAGCUUUGUGGCAGAUUUUGGAAGACCUCUGGAGUCGGACAGGGUCUUUUCUCAUCAAAUAGCUGAAGAAUCCCGGUCACUUUUCCAUUUCUGUAUUAAUGAGGUGGAACAUUUGGACAAAGCAAAACAAAGUCAGAAAGGUCCAGGUCUGGAGAGUAAUAUCCACUUCCAGGAAGUUCCCAGGAGCAGUGGAAUGUUUGAGGAGGACCUAAAUUGUCUUACAAAAUUUAACAUUCCUAACUUUGUGAACACUGAGCAGAACUCUUCACUAGGUGAGGAUGAUCUCCUCAUCUCAGAGCCACCAAUCAUUUUAGAAAGCAAAUCAGUCAUGCAAUCUUCCCAUCGGAUCCUUGACUGAAAAGUCUUUUACUUUGAGGUAAACAUUUCUGUUACUGUCCAGUCUGAAGCCUUUCUUGGCCAUCUGGUAUUUUGAUAGAAGGUAUUUCAGACCUGUGCUUUUUAUCAUAGGUAAGACUGGCUGUGCUGACAGAACUCAGUUUAGACAAGUAAAACACUGAAUGCUUU